AUGACGCCUACUCGUUUUACCGAUUUACCUAAUGAACUUGUGUUAAUCAUAUGGAUGCAUUUAACUCAUGCUGAAACAAUUCGAAGUUUUAGUUUGAUCAAAUCUCAACGAUACAAUCGACUGUUACAAAGUUAUUGUUACAAGACAAUUGAUUUCUACACGACAACGCUUUCAACAUUUCAACUCUGUUGUACUCGAUUCUUAGAUCAAUUUCGCUUCAAUGUACAAAUUUUGAAGCUGGGCCAUCAAGAUUCUUUUUCCCAGAUUCGCCUUUUCUCUCAUUAUUGUCUCAGUUCUUCAUCACUUCAUGACAUAUUUCCACAAUUGCACACAAUUGUGUUGCGUAAUGUUCAUGAUUCCGAUGCCAAUGAUGUUUUGCCAUAUCUCUCAACAAUUCCAUAUCUCGAUCAAUUAACAUUGCAUAAAUGUCCAUUGGACAAAAUAUCUCUUCUCCUUUGUGAACAUCUCUUUAGCAACUCAGCGCAACAUCGAUUGAAGAGCUGUACAAUGAGUCACUGUGAUACCAAAGAUGGUUUAUUUCUUGGCGAACCUCUUCCAUCCUCAUAUCGCUCUCAUCAUUCUCUCAUAUAUCUUAAAAUCCACGUUCGAAACUUGGCUACGCUGAAAUAUUUGUUGAUGUUUCUUCCGAACUUAACGACACUUGAUGUUGAAGUUGGCACACGUGUGAUAAAAGAAGCGCAAGAAUUAUUUCCAACGUCGUUUAAUCCAUGUUGCAAUUUAACGAAGCUAGUCAUGAAAUUCCCCUCUGCGAUUGUGUUGGAUAUAUCCAGUGUUGUCAAAUGUAUUCAUUUAUUUCAAAAUAGUCUGCAAAUCUUACACUUAACUCUUAUGCAUCAAGAUCCAAACUGUGAGCGUCAACUAGCUUAUAUUGAUGUUUGUCUUUGUGACCAACAGACGAAUAAAAUCAUCGAAUCAUUUCGAACAGACUAUUGGCUGACAAUGCAUAUUGGAUGUCACUAUGAUGUUACCAGCCACAUCUAUGUAAUAUUUACAUUGCCUUAUAUCUUUGAUGUUCCUUCUAUGAUCACAACUGAAACUCUGCAUACUCAAUUUGAUCACCGUGAUGAUCGUAUAAAUUGUUUGAUGCCAAUGUUGAUGACGGGAGUAUCAAGGUUAGCAGUACUGAUGUGGAAAAAUGAAUGUGUAAAACAACCAUUCUUGAACAUGUUAAAUUCAAUAACUCGACGAAAAAAAGCGAUUAGUAUCAAAGCAUGUGGUCCAUACCAGUUGGAAAAAGUGAGUAAGAACAUAUUCCAGUUCGAUACAGUUGAAAUGAAAAGAUUUGAGGAGGAUCAAGCAGCUGUUGAGUAUGUUGAUGCAACGAUGGCUUGGCUGAGUUGGAUAUCACAAGUACGUGUAUUGAAUAUAGACAAUGAACUAUUGUUUCAACUCACCAAUCUUAAUUUUCGUAUUGAUCAGUUAUUGUCUAUAGAAAUUCUUAUUAUUCAUCAAAUAACUCAUUCUGUCGCUAAUGAAUCGCUAAGUGUUGUCAAUCGUCUUGGUAAAUCAUCGUCAUUACGCACCAUAAAUAUAAAACAAUAUCGAAUGAAUGCUGAAUUAACAAUGAACGAUCUGUUGUUGGUUGUAUCUAAAAUGCACCAUGACCUAUCUGCAUUGAAAAUGAUGGCGAUCGACUUCGACAAAGAUGCUCCGUUUGAUGUUGAAAUAAUUGAUAAUUUGACAGACGUGGAAAAGGAAAACUGUCGUUUAGAAUAUAUUCAUGCGACAAAUUAUUAUGUUGAAUUAUGGUUUAGUGCCUAA